UGCCAUGAACAAGCGUCACUUUCUGGGACCAUGGAGGCCAUAGGACUUCUCCAUUUUUGUUCCCUGAUUCUGGCUGUUCUGGUCCAGCCUGCUUGUUCAAGUUCAUGCUUGGCAUCUCUAUCCCCACAACUCCGUAAAGACUGUCACCCUGAUCCUGGAGCUUCUGAAGCCAGUUGUCUGGCCAGGGAUUGCUGCUGGUCUCCGUGGAAAACCCCAGGCGUCCCUUGGUGUUUUGAGAAGGUUGACUCGUGUUCUAUAGUGCCUGACUCCCAACGAGUUGACUGUCACCCAGAGGCAGGGGCCAACGAAGCGGCCUGUGUUAAGCGGGGAUGCCACUGGUGCGCUUCUGAGAAUAGCACUGCUCCCUUUUGUUUCUAUAACUCCAAAGAAGAAGCUGCUUGCUCAGCGAUAGUUCCCAUUCAGAAACGCGUCGACUGCCAUCCUCAGCCAGGAGCUUCCCGAGAAAUCUGUGAAGCUAAGGGCUGUGUCUGGUGUUCCACAACCAUUGCCAACGUUCCCUGGUGCUUCUACCCGGAGGAUGGUCCACACGGCUACACUAUGAAAGAUGUUCCUCAAAGAACAGCCCAGGGAUGGAGAUUAACAUUAAACAAACGUGGCGGUAUAUCCCUGUUUGGAAAUGAUAUUUCCCCCAUUGUAAUGGAUGUAGAAUUUCAUACUGAGGAUCGGCUCCGAUUUAAGAUUUAUGAUCCCAAUAAUAAACGAUUUGAAGUUCCACUCAAUAUUGAAUCUUCCUCAAAUGUGCCUGUUGAACCCAACUAUGAUGUUGAAUUUGUAAAUGAUACAGUCCUUCAAUUCAGAGUAAUAAGAAAGAAGACAAGAGCAGUAUUGUGGGAAACAACUCUCGGAGGCCUGAUAUUUUCUGACCAGUAUAUGCAAAUGAUGACCUCUGUCCCGUCCACUUCGAUCUAUGGAUUUGGUGAACACGAACAUCCAUCCUUUAAGCAUGACAUGAAUUAUGUUAGAUAUGGAAUGUUUUCCAGAGAUCAGUCACCAGGGGCAUUUAGCAAUCUCUAUGGAGUUCAUCCUUUUUAUAUGUGCAUUGAGAAAGACUUUAAUGCUCAUGGUGUUCUCCUCUUGAAUUCCAAUGCCCAAGAUGUCACUCUGAGCCCAUUUCCGUCUUUAACAUUCAGGACCAUUGGAGGAAUACUUGAUUUCUACAUGUUUCUUGGCCCCACUCCUGAAAACGUUAUCCAGCAGUACACAGAGGCUAUUGGACGUCCCUUUAUGCCUCCAUACUGGUCUCUGGGAUUUCAGCUAAGUCGAUGGGGCUAUAAUAGCAUGGAUGUGCUGGAAAAAACGGUUGAACGUUUAAGACAGUAUGAUAUUCCUCAUGACGUUCAGUACUGUGACAUCGACUGCAUGGAACGCCAGCUGGACUUCACAUACGACGAUGUGAACUUUGCUGGUCUGCCCGAGUACAUUAAGAAACUGAAAAAUGAUGGAAUGCAUUAUGUCAUUAUUUUGGAUCCUUUUCUGACAAAAGAUGAACCACAAGGUACUUACAAGCCCUAUGAACUUGGACAAGAAUUGGGAAUUUGGGUCAAUAACUCUGAUGGAGUCACACCAGCUGUUGGCAAGGCCUGGCCUCCAGGAGAGUCAGUGUAUCCAGAUUACACCAACCCCAAAACAGCAGAAUGGUGGAUACAGAUGUGUAUGGAAUUUAAAGACAUCCUUGAUUAUGAUGGGAUCUGGAUUGAUAUGAAUGAACCAUCCAAUUUUCAAAAUGGCCAACAGCCAGGCUGUGUAGAGAAUCGUCUAAACUACCCACCAUAUGUGCCUGAUAUCACAGGUGGAUUACUGGCUGAGAAAACAUUAUGUCCCAAUUCCAAGACUUAUCUGGGAUAUCAUUAUGAUACACAUUCUCUGUUUGGCUGGUCACAAGCAAAACCUACUUUCUAUGCUUCUCAGAAUGCUACAGGGAAGAGAGCUUUUGUUUUGAGUCGUUCAACAUUUGUUGGGAGUGGGAAAUACACUGGCCAUUGGCUGGGUGAUAACUUCUCACGCUGGAGAGAUAUGCAUAUGUCGAUCAUUGGAAUGCUAGAAUUUAAUCUCUUUGGAAUUCCAUAUAUUGGAGCUGAUAUAUGUGGGUUUAAUGAAGAGACAACUUAUGAACUUUGCCUGCGUUGGAUGCAACUUGGGGCAUUUUAUCCCUUUUCCAGAAACCAUAAUGCAAUUGGACAUAAGGAACAAGACCCUGGGGUCUUUGGAGAAGAGUUUGCUGCAAUUUCCCGUUCUGCAUUAAGGAUUAGAUACUCCUUACUGCCUUACCUGUAUACCCUCUUCUACCAUUCUCAUGUCAGUGGAAAUACAGUGGUCCGAGGAUUGAUGCAUGAAUUUACAUCAGAUCCUCAGACUCAUGAAAUUGACAGAGCAUUCCUUUGGGGGCCAGCUUUAAUGAUUGCUCCAGUACUUGAAGAGGGAGCAAGAUCUGUGUAUGUGUAUUUUCCUGAAGCAUCCUGGUUUGACUUUUAUACAGGAAGGCAAGUAUCACCUUCCUGGCUGAAGAAGUCUGUUGAAGUUCCUGCUCCUCUGGAUGUAAUUCCCCUUUUCAUUCGUGGAGGGUAUAUUCUACCAACACAGUUUCCAGCCAGAACAACAGUGCUGAGCCGCCUGAAUCCUUUCAGCCUCAUAAUUGCCUUAGAUGAACAGGGAGAAGCAUCUGGCUCCCUUUUCUGGGAUGAUGGUGACUCUGUUGAUCCUAUUGAAAGGGAAGAGUACUUCUAUGUUGAAUACAAAUUCAGUAAUAGAACUCUGAAAACCACUGUUAUCAAAAAUGGCUACCAUGGAAUUAUGACUCUGGCAUAUAGCACAAUUCAGAUCCUUGGUUUCACUUCAAAGCCAAAUGUUAUUUUUAUGAAUGGGGAAGCCAUCCCAAGCAACAGAAUGCAUUAUAAUUCCAAUGGGAAAAUCACUUUGCAGAUAUCUGCACCCCUUUUCCAGGAGCUGACUAUUUCAUUUGGGCAUUGAAAAAAAAUUUAAAUAACAACCAAAACAAGAAUAGUGAAAGUUAUUUAUAGCAGUUUAGAACAAUUAAAAAUUAUUUGAAUAAUAUGGAAAUAGUUUAAUUUGAAUAGCAAUGCAAUUAAAGUAUUUCAGUCUUG